GUUAGAACGGCCUGAUCAUGUUGAAAUUGCCUUCUGGCUCCCAUCCUCUGGAAAAUAAACUCUUCUUAGUGUCAGUCAAAUGCUUGUUCUGAGGAAUGAAGACAUUUUCGGAGCAAGUGUUGCUGAGCUUCCUCUAUUUGUUGGUUGUCUCUCAGUCCAUUCCAGUUCAUCAAGACACUGGUCACAAUAGCUACGCUAUCUUGUUUGACGCAGGAUCCAGCGGCACUCGCAUGGAAAUCUACAAGUUCCUUGCCAGCGGUCCUUCCCUCCAACCUUCUGACGUUGUCCAGAUUGAUGCUUCACCAGACAAAGUGAAGCCUGGAAUUUCUGACCUUUCUGAUGACCCGACUCAAGUUGAAGCUUACAUGAAUCCUCUACUUAAAUCUGCAAAGCAAACCAUUCCAGAGGACAAACAAGCAUCCACUCCGAUAUUUUUGUUAGCAACAGCAGGCAUGAGACUCUUGCCUGAAGAUCAGGCAAACGCUAUUUUAGAUGAAGUUAGGAAACUGUUUAACGACAAAGAAAAAUGUCCUUUUCUUUUUAAGAACGAUAACGACGUUAGAAUCAUUACCGGUAAGGUCGAAGGAAUUUAUGGUUGGGUUACUGUGAAUUUCCUUUUGGGCGUUUUUGCUUCAAAAAAUUCCAAUUCGUAUGGCAGUUUGGAUCUAGGGGGAGCGUCCCACCAAAAUUCCAUGGACUUUGACAAGAGUAGCCCGGAAGUUGUUGUUUUUGACGUGGCUGGGAAAACAUACAGUGUUUUUAGUCGUAGUUAUCUGGGUUACGGACAAGACCAAGCUCGAGAAAAAUAUCUAGCAUACAUUGCACAAAAAGCAAAUUGCGCUGAGGAUUCCAAGUGUGUCGUGCAAAGUCCUUGUCAUAAUAAUGGUUUCAAAGAAUCUCUUGAAUAUCAGGAUAAAGAGAGUAUAUUUAAGGGGACAGCUGAAGUUAAACAGUGUAGGGAGAUAAUUCGCGAGUUGUUUUUCUGUAAAUCGUGCCCCUUUAAUGACCAACCCAAUUUAAAAGGAAAAUUUUAUGCGUUUUCGGCUUUUUACUAUGUUUUAACAGAUAUAGGCGCUUACGGUUACGGUUAG